UACUGCGCUGUCAUCGACGAAGGGCCCCGGAGCAGACACGUUGUGUGUCACUCGCGCGUGGCCGUAACGCAGCGGGGCGGUAAACGAGGAGAAAUGAUGGCUUUGUGUGCCGCGUGAAUGCGCGAGCGAGAUCCGCAGUGUCCCGUUGCAGCCUAGUCGCAGCAGUGUCGUUCUCUGUUCUCUCUCUCUCUCUCUCUCUCUCUCUCUCUCUCGCGCUAUCGGUGGUAUAUGUUGGUAACCAGAGCGCGGGCGCGCGGAAGAGUGAGAGGGGGAGACAUUUAAGGAGAAGAAAAGAGAAGGAUGGUGUGCGUGUAUACGUGAGGACGUGAGGGCCGUCGCAACACUUCUCGCGCACGUCUUACUCCGCGCUGUCGAGGCCAAAAAUAGACGAAUGGACGACGAGCGCCGUCAUCGUCGUCGUCGUCGUCGGUGGUAGUGAUGGUGGUGGUGAUUGUCCAUCGCGUGCGUUUCUUGGUGAUGCCCUGGUACCUUUGAGAGCAGCGUAGAUUCGAGCUGCCACCGUCUGCGGAGAGGGAGAGAGAGAGAGAGAGAGAGAAAGAAAGAAAGAGAGAGAGAGAGAAAGAGAUGGAGGUACUCAAGACGUCCCAGGAAAUCGUCCACGAAGGAUUGCUCAUCAAAUCGCCGCCCACGAAGCUCUGGAGAGCGCGUUGGAGGAAGCGGUGGUUUGCCCUUCGUCACAGUGGCGAAUUGCCUGGUCAAUAUUUUUUGGAGUAUUAUACGGACAGACGUUGUCGUAAACUCAAAGGUCGUAUUGAUUUGGAUCAAUGUGAACAGGUGGAUGCAGGUCUUCGAUUUGAAAAUCGUAAAGAGAAGUACCAGUAUAUGUUCAAUGUCAAGACACCUAAACGGACCUAUUAUUUAGUAGCUGAGAACGAAGCAGAUAUGAACAAAUGGGUGGAUGCGAUAUGUCAAGUCUGUGGUCUAAAAGCUUACACUCAGGACGAGGAACAACAAAUGUUCCAAUACGAGUCUCAAGAAUCCCCGCCAACUUCGCCCACUAGUACGAUCUCCGGUCCGUACAUUCCUAUUAGCGAAUGCAUUUCCGGUCGUCGGCUUAACGAUACUAGCUCCCUGAAUUCGGCGCUUGGGCAGGGACCGGAGCAUUAUGAUGCUCCGAGAAGAUUAGCGCCUUCGCCGCCUCGAUCACCCACGACGACGGAUGCCGAGAGCGUCUUUACCGAUGACGAAUGGACAACACCUGUGCCCGGUGCAAACUGGGAUACCCUUCCCUCAACUGGUAACUCGCGACAUCACGAGAUCGGUUCAUGGAGCGUAAGGAAACGCUUCGGCAAGCUUAGAAUUGUUGAUUCCGCAGUACCACCGGCUGUGGAGAAGUUACCAGUCCCGCCUAGACCGCCAAAACCGCCUCACAUGUUACCCGAGAACCCAGGUCAUAAUUAUCUGAAUCUAGAUGGUGCCACUGAGAGCUCAAAACCGACUACUCCGGCGACACCGGCGUCAACAAUCACGCCUGCCGCCACGACAACGGCGACGGUAGGCGCUGUGACUGACGAGUCCUAUGAUUUUCCGAGAUCUCAUCAACCACAAACAACGGUCGAGAAUAAUGCGCCGAUCGAUCAAUCAUCGAAACAUCAUCUUUACUCGAACGCUGCGCCGAGCACUGUCAACGAUGAGACAACCACGCACAACGUGUUCCGUUAUGAUUUUCACGAAGACGAGCCGCCGAGUCCGCGCUCUGAAAAUUCCACCACGGCAACAUAUUCGAACCUACCGAGUCCUCUUGUACGAGACGGAUCAAACACCGUCCCAACCACCAUGGCGCCGCCUCCGCCAAUGGUAUAUAGAGAGUUAAAACCGGGCAGAAAGACUAGCGAUUCGAUGUCUGUUGUCAGUAAUGAACCAUCACCGGGUCCGAUAGUAGCGGUAUGCGAUGUGAGUUCUGCCGAACAUUCGCCGGCCGAACCACCAAGCAUCAACAGAAAAUUGAAACCAUCCUUGAAUAAAUCACCGGUAGAAGCACCUCAUUUGCAAUUAGCAUCUCCUCCUGGCAGAGGAAGAAUGCGAGCGGCGCCUAGUCCGACACCUCCAUCGCAUAUGCACUCGACACGUCAUCAGUCUACGUCAGAUGAAGACAAUAAUGCGUUUGAGGAUAAAGAGGAGAUAUACUAUUAUCAAGAUCACACUACAUUUAUUCCGGCGUCUAAUCGUCGCUUAGUAGUGCUGCAAUAUCUAGAUCUCGACUUGGAGGCGACGGAGAGUUUCAGUUCUUCGACAUUACCGUCCGCGCAGUCGCCGCCAAAUACGACGGUGUACAAAACCGUGGAUUUUCUGAAAACCGAGGCUUUUAAUCGUACUCGGCAACGAGUAGAGGAGGAGAGAAAGUUGUGCUCGGACGAAUUAGCGUAGAAAAUAAAUUUGUAUAUUAUAUAUAAAAUAGAUUACACAGAUGUUAAAUACAUCAAGAAGUUACAUAAUAAACUUUUUACUAUAUUAUAUAGAUGAAAGCACAGGUCACGCGAGACCUAUCUUAUUUUAAGUAUUAGAUUUAGCACAUUAGAAUACUGUACUAUGCAAGCAUGUGGUACUAUUCUCAAUUGAAAGACUGCGAUAUCAACGCAGUACUUACCAAAAGACAGCGUUCUACUGUUUUUGCAGUGUAUCGUUUUAUCGUUUUAUCGUUUUAUCUAGCGGCGGUUUGCUUUAAAAAUUGCUAUGCUAUCAAAAAAGGCAAUCGAAUGUUAAAACGUUGUAUAGCAAUAGAAAAUGGACCAAAAAUGUAAUGUUGUAGAUAAGGAAAGUGAGAGAACAACAGAAUAAUAAGCAGAAGUGACACUUUUUCGUCGAUUGUUAUAUCGAAAAAGUCUUUCCGAAAAAAGAAUUUUUUUUUAUUAAAUAAAUAAAGUAUUCAAAUGCUAAAGAUUCUUAUACUUUGGUACAAUUAUAAUUCUAUGUAUUCUAUUAAUUUACAGAUAUAGUUAACAUAUGUACGGUAUUUUUGUUAUCGUAGUAUGUAUUUGGAAUUUUUAAAUAAUUAAACAGUCCGAAAAUUUAAAAAAUGAAUCUUAAAUUAUUCGGCUUGAACCUCAAGAAUAAAAAAAUUUUCACUUUUUGGAACUUUCGUCAAUCAUUGUAUGUACAACGAAUAACAAAGCCUAUAGUAUUGUUUGUUUUAAGAUUUCCUAUUUUUAGUUUUAGAUAAACUGUUAUAUAAUAUUUUUUUAUCAUAUCAUGUGUCGCAAUCUGUUUCACAGAGUCGAUUAAAUUUUUAAUAAGAUGUGUAUUACAGGAAUAGUCACUUACUGCAUUCAUUUACUAACAGGGUUACAAAAUAAAAUAUCGAAUUAUAUAAUACACGUUACACAUAAAGAUUCUCUCUUUUAUCGAAAACUAGUCUAAUGUAAUGAGACUAUAGAAAUUAUUGCAUGCCUUGAUUAUAUACAUUCUUAUAAAAAUUGUUGAAAUAAGAGUGAUCUUGAAUGUAUAUUGCCAUUUUACAAGUUACGUUAUAAUUAUUGAUAUUGCCAAACAUUUAUAGUUGAAUUUUAAUUAUUAUUUGACACUUCGCAAUAUAUUUAUUGCACUUGUAUUAUCUGAUAACAGGAAUAUAAUUGGCGUCGAAAAAGCGAGAUAUGAAAAAAUACGUUUUAUAUUUAAUUUCUAAUUACUUUUAUUUGUAAAUUGUGUAUGCUACAGAUAUAUGUAUAUACAUAUAUAUAUGCGAGUAAAUAUGCAGAUAACACAAUUUUAUUUUUAUAAUUGAUAAUGUGUAAUCGUAAAAAAUUGGUUAUAUUGAAUCAGUUGGAACGGUAGAAUUAUACAAUCGUGUUCUUGAAAAAAUAUGUCUAAAACUAUGAUUAUUAUUGCUAUGUUAAUAUUUCAGAUUGAAUUUGCAUGUAGCAACAUAUAUUAUACAAAAUACGAAAUGCAUGAAAUAUUUGAUUCAGGACACUAACAGAAAUAUAUAUCAACAAGAGUUGCUACAGAUUCUCACUCUUACAUUUUUUUUAUGUUAAAUACAUGCUCUCAUCGAACUUAUAAUUUGAAAAAUUUUCAAAAAUGAUAUGUUUUUAAAAAUAUUUCAAAGAUGUUUGAUUUUUCUAUGAUUUAUAUAGUAUUCUCUAAAUCUCUCACUCAAACUGUAAUUAUAUUUUAUAUGUCGACGUUGUUGUGUAAUAUGUAUAUUUUCUCUUAUAAAAAAAGGAUAUAUUAUACGCGAUCAUUGCAAUAUUUCAAGAACAAAUAUCCUAUAACAUUUCACCUCGACCAAGUACUUAUGUGUGUCACUCUAUGGUACGAAUUGUAUCCCCCCACCAAUAUUUUGUAUAAUAGAUUUAAAUAAUCGCUUUAUCCUUUCCUCUUGGGCAUAUGCAUCACGUGUAUGUAUAUGUUGCAUAUCAUUAAAGAGAGGUGCAAACGAAACGUAAAACAUUUUAGUAUUUUAUUCCAUAAUAAAAAGAAAGAAAUUAAUUUUUUUAUCACAGAUAUUUUUUUAAGACUUCUUUAAACGAUUCAUAAUUUGCAACAAAAUUUAAGAAUUUUAUUCAAGCCAUGUUUAUUUUAAAAGUUGUUAUUUUUAAAGUUUAUAUAUUUUGUGAUUUGUAUAUUUUCACGUAUGUAUUAUAGUGUAUAUUUUUUAAUAAAUUUAAUAAAUUUAAAAA